AUGGAAAAUGAGAAUAUAACAUCUUGGACAGAAUUUCUUCUUGUUGGGCUUGUACAUCAAAAAUCACCCAGCAUUUUGUUUGCCAUGGUUCUCUUCAUGGCUUCCGUUGCUGUUCUGGGAAACUGUCUCCUCCUGUUUCUAAUCCAAAUGAAUUCUACCCUACAUACUCCCAUGUACCUUUUCCUUAGUCAACUGGCCUGCAUGGAUAUGGGUCAAGUCUUCAUUGUUGUCCUUAAGAUGUCAGUGAACUUUUUAACCCAGAGAAACACCAUUUCACUCGCAGGGUGCGUGGCCCAGAUUUUCCUCACUCUGACUAUGGAGAGCUCAGAAUGUUUUGUCUUGGCUGUCAUAUCAUAUGACAGAUAUGUGGCCAUCUGCAGACCCUUGCAAUACCCAGUCCUCAUGAAGAGAACAAUCUGUCUUGCCAUGACAGUAGGAAUCUGGUCUUCAUCAUCCCUUCUGAUUAUGGUUGUGACUAUUUAUGUAAGAUUUUUGCCUUACUGUGGGUCCAAUGAGAUCGACCAUUUUGUCUGUGAGUUCCCAGCUCUGCUGAUGUUGUCCUGUGCUGACACAUCUGCCUUUCAAAAAGUAACAUAUCUUGGCAAUGUGUUGACACUUCUUCUACCCAUUGCUGUUAUCCUAUCCUCAUACAUAGCUAUCCUUGUGCAAGUUUUGAGCAUGCGCUCAACCGAAGGAAGGUACAAGGCUUUGGGAACCUGCUUGUCUCACUUGUGUGUGGUGGGCAUCUUCUAUGGGGCAUCCAUGUUGACAUAUGUCACUCCUGUAACUUCCUAUUCAGCACAAAGAUCCAUGAUUUAUUCUGUGUGCAUCACUAUCGUCCCGCCAAUGCUGAAUCCUUUUAUAUGCAGCCUGCGGAAUCGAGAUGUGCUAGCAGCCCUGAGGAAACUAUUGAUGAACUGUGCAUCUGAAAAAUAA